AUUGUUGAUUCGUCGCUUGAUCGAAACAAAAUGGUGUUCAUUUCCGGUUUUGAAUCUCGCGGCAUCUCGCGGAAAGCUGCCACCCGCGAGAACUGGCGCUGAGGUUCUCUCCCUUUCCGGAUCGCUCAAGCGAAAUGUCGACCAACAAAAAGAAGACCAGGAAGCUCAGGGGCCACGUGAGCCACGGACAUGGUCGGGUUGGAAAGCACCGCAAGCACCCUGGAGGUCGCGGUAACGCUGGUGGCCAGCAUCACCACAGAAUCAACUUCGACAAAUACCACCCGGGUUACUUUGGAAAGGUGGGCAUGCGCAACUUCCACCUGAAAAAGAACCACUACUGGAAGCCCUGCAUCAACAUCGACAAGAUCUGGUCCCUCGUGUCAGAGCAAAUGAGGAAGAGGCUGAAGGACGACACCGCCGGCAAGGCGCCAGUCAUCGACAUCGUCAAGCACGGGUACUACAAGGUCUUGGGCAAGGGAGCCCUGCCCAAGCAGCCCGUGAUUGUCAAGGCCAAGUGGUUCAGUCGGACGGCGGAGGAGAAGAUCAAGAACGUGGGAGGUGCCUGCAUCCUCACCGCAUAGUUCCCUCUUCGCUUCAAAUAAAAAGGAAAAAAAUGUACAUUGCA